AUGUUUGCAUAUCAUGGAUCGACUCGCAAGAUAACACGCCCGUUUCUUCUAGAAAGGAGGUCAUCCAAGGGAUUCAUCAUUUUUGUGGUUGUUUUCGCUGCCUUUACGGAUAUGUUGCUUUAUGGACGGAUUGUGCCUGUUACUCCGACUGCUUUGCACGAAAGGGUUGGGUUAAGUGAAGGUGAUGAAAUGGACAUCAAUCUUGUUCUAGGCGGACCGCUUGAUGAGAGUGUUCGCGACCAGCCAGAGAAUGCAGUUCGAAAAGAAAAGCGCAACAGUGCCCUCUAUACUCUGCUUGCUGCGGACCGAAUCCUAGUGAGCGUGUGGGCUUAUUUUAUCUUGUCUGUUAUCUUGACCUCCUUUGACAGCGUACUACCGCUGUUUGUCGAGGAGACAUUCCACUGGAAACAAACCGCACAGGGCCUGAUAUUCAUCCCCCUCACGGUUCCUCACGUCUUUGACCCGUUGGUCGGAUAUAUCAAUGACCGAUACGAAGAGGCUCGACGCUAUCUCGCUGCUGGGGCGUUCUUCGGAGCGGUUCCCGUUCUCGUGCUUCUUCGCCUGGUUACGGACAACUCCAUGCACCAGAAAAUUUUACUUUGUACCCUCUUAGCUCCCCUUGGGAUCUGCCUGGCUAUCAUUAUAACACCUGUUAUGGUAGAGGCAUCUUAUGUGGUGAAGGAGAAAGAGGAAGAGACGCCCGAUGUCUUCGGCAAGGGCGGAGCAAUGGCGCUCGCGUACAUAUGGAGUGCUGAAUUCCGCCUUCGCAGCGGGUGGGCUUGUUGGCCCCUUCCUUGCUGGGUUUAUCCGGAAUAG